UGAUUUCAUUUCAGGUUCCUUGCAACCUACAACAGCCUGACAGACAAACACCUGGCUGGAUAUUUCAGCAAUGCCCGGAUAAGGAGACAUCUUCAGAGAUCAGGACUGAUCUCAAGGAGUGGAAGAAUAAUACCAGAGAAAGAAUACCGACUAAAUGCUAUGAGGAGGGAUCACCAGAGAUAUGUUCAGGAGUGCCUGGCUCAGGCCGUAUUUCUGAAGGUCCUUGACAUGGAGAGACGUAGGCACACGGUGACCACACAACACACACUGCGUCACCAUCAGCUGGAAGUAAGAAGGAAACUUGAAAAUUCUGUGAGGAAGGAGAGGGUGCAGAAAACCAAGAUGGAGCGACCCAGAAGAUCAGUGGCAGAUGCUAACCCUGUGCACUCCCCACACCCACCACUUGGCUCCAGAAAUCGUUAUGGACGCCAUCCUUUAAUGGCUGGAGAACCAGCUGCUCGUUCACAAGUGGGAGCUCCUGGGCCUAUAGUUGAUUAUCGUGGUGGACAUCCUUCUGAUCAACAUGGAUCCAGGGGGUCAGCCUUUUUAAAGGCAAUUUCUUCCCAUCGACCAAAUACAGCUCCAGGAAAUAUGCAAUAUCCACUUCGACUUCAGCCGCUCCACAGCUGCGCUGCAGCAGGGACUGUUCCAAGGAGUUCAGGCUCUAAACAAAAGUGCUGCACCCUUGAAAAUUAUCAGCAAUUUGCUAGUGGGAGGGAGAGAAGUGGGUUAAGACUUAUGAACUCAAUGGAAUAUGCAUCUGGGAAAUCCCCAUACCGACUCCCUGUCAUUAACAACUAUCUGAUACCAGUGCCUCCUCCUACCCUGCAAAAAGGAGACAGGAGUGUAAAGGCAGUGAGAAAUGGGACGUUCAGAAGGAGACGAUUUCGUCCCACCACUGCACCAAAUGGCUUAGAGCAACUUGUAACCAAGAAUUCUGGAGAACUCCCUAAGCCCUCACUGCGCAGCAAUGCAUUUGUUACCAUGAUCUUUCUGGGAAAAAGUGUGCAUUUAUCUCACGAUGAUUCUGAUUAUAGAGAUGAAAUCAAAGUCUAUCAGCAGCAUUGUGGAGGAGAAAACCUUUGUGUCUACAAAGGCAGGCUGUUGGAAGGAGAGACCUUUCAGUUCGUCUCCAAGAGGCACCGUGGUUUCCCAUUCAGUCUCACCUUUUUUCUCAAUGGGAUGCAAGUGGACAGGUUGAGCUCUUGCUGUGAGUACAGACAUCAGAAGCGUUCCAGGCUUGGAGGCAGACAUGGAUACUUUGGAUUUCUCAGUGUGGAGGGAGCAUCUCCUUGCUAUAGAUGCAUUAUUGCGAUGGGUCUGGACAAAAAGCCAUCCCCUCCCAAGAGGGAGAUGGAGGAGGACUGUGAGGGAAAACAAGUGGGUUCCUGGAAAGAUGGAGUUCACAGUGAGCCAAGUGGUAGCAGCGCUGAUCAGAAAUCAAGCAAAGAAUCGGUGCUAGUCGUCUUACCAAGUCACAAAGCAGAUGUGGAAACCGUGGAGGACAUAAUGGAGACUGGACUGGAUUACGAAAGAGAAGAAGGGACAAAACUACCCAAUUGUGAGACUGAAGAUAGUCAGGAAGAUACUGGUAAAAAUGAGUAUAAUGAAAAUUUUGAAGCAGAUGAAGUUAAUGAAGAAGGACAGACCGGUGAUCAAAGGAAUGGAAUGUCAAAGUCAUCCCCAGAUGAUGAAAAACAUAAUUUAGACUAUGAAAAGGAGAGUAAAGACACAUCGCAGAAGGCACUGCAGGCCUCUGACAGUGAGAAAGAUGAGAGUGAUGGACGUUCUGACAGUGCCUCAGAGAAUGGCAAACAAGACAGGAGCUCUGCAUGCUCUCUGUCAUCCACCAGCACUCAGUACAGCAGUGAAGAUGAGUCUGAUACUGGAAAGAAGGAGGAAAAUGUUAAAGGCAAAGAGGAGUGUGAUAUCGAAGAAGCAUCUGAUAACACAGCAUGUGCACAGUAUGGAAAUGAGAAUGGGGAAAAUAAACUGCUCAGAACAGAGGAGAGUCAGAAAGCUUUUUCUUUGGAAGAGGAAGAAAUGGAUGAAGCAGAAACGACAAAAACAGAAGCUCUGACAUCAAGGGAAAAUACUGAAGCUUUUCAUGAAAACAUACUGGAGAUACAGCAUCAAAGUCCUGAUGUUACUGGGGAAAUGAAACAGGCUGGGUCAGUAGAAAGUAACAUAAGGGGAGAGGAGGAGAAGAAAGCAAACAACAGAAGGGACAGUGGGGAGAAAAAUGGUUCAGUGCCUUUGGAAAAAAAUAUGAUGGAAGUGGAGGAUAGAAAUGAAGAGUCUCCUCAGAGUGAUGAAGGAGGUGCUUCCUUGCCUCUCUUUGGGCACCCUCCGGGGCCUUUAUGUCUCCCUUGCAGUGAAGGGCUGACUGUGAAGCAUCACAGCCGCUGCAAGUGUAGAGCAGAAGUUUCUCAAGAUGAUAGAUCAGCACAGGAGGAGAUAACAGAGGCAAUGGGAAAUGACCAUCAUGUGAAUUUUGACCACGAAUGUAGUGAUUCUCGUGUGGAUGAGGAAGUAGAGAAUGCAACGAGUGCAGAGUGCGAUCCCAGUGAAGGUGAGGCUGCAGCUUGUGUGACCAGCCAGCUCCAGCAGCCACAUGGAACUGAUGUGCUCUCAGCAGUUACAGUGACCCUGGCAGCAGCUGGUGGAGCUGUCCUGGCAGACAGAACAGGAGCACCCGGCACACGGUCAGAAGCUGUGGAAGUGGCGCAAGACGAGGGGGAGGAUGAAGGCUGUGCUGCUGAGCGAGGGCAUGCUGGCACUGACUGUGCUGGGCACACAGCAGCACGGGCAGGAGAACUGCAGCCUGAGGGAGAGGAAGCAGCCGUAGCCCCUGAGAGGCAUCCGCUUGUGGAUGAGUUGGCACCUGCCAGGAGGGCAAUGGCAGAAGAUGAUACUGAGGAGAGGGAACCAGGGAAGGGGACAGAGCCAGGUGCAGAGAUUGAGGAUCAGGAUGCUCCCACAGGUGCAGGGGAGAAUAUGGGGCCAUGGAGGGACCCAGCAGGUGAGGGAGAGGAGCAGGUGGGUAUAGGGGCACCCCUGGCUGUGGAAGGGGCCAGAGGGGUGACUGGAGGAGAGAGGGCUCUGGAUGGGGCCUCUGAGGAGCAGAGGGUAGGAGGAGCAGCAGCACCUGUUUUGGGGGAGAUGAUGCCUGAGGGACAGGGGGCUGCAGGGGAUGCAGUCCUAGCAGAAGGCAUUCCUGAGGUGGGUGAUCUUGCAGCAGUGUGGACCACAGAAAAAACUGCUUCUGAAGGGCAGAAGAUUGUGGAGGAAGCUGGGGCUCUCCCUGGAACAUCAGGGGAUACAGAAUUUUGCACAGGAAAGGAAGAGAUCCUAAAGCCAAAUGAGUUUUCUCAGCUGAAAGUCUCAGAGGAAGAGCAGGUGGAAAUGGAUGCCCUUGGGACAGUGACAUUUGAGCCUGACAGCCCACCAGAGGAGGAAGGCAGCUCUCAACCAAGAGCAGAGGACAUGGAGGAGCCCAAGGACUCAGGCAGGGACCCUGCAUUACACACGGCACCUGAGCGAGAAGUUGGGGACGGUGCUGGAAGGGACUCUGCCAGAAGAGGGUCAACUCCAUUGGAGCAGACAGCAACAGCAGCAGAUGAGGAGGGCUCAGCAGUAGUGCUUUUGAUUGGAAGCCUGUCUUUGGGCAGUGCUGCAAAGACAGACAGAGCAAUGGAAGAAAAAUGUGAUGGGGUGGUGAUGGGAGUGUCUGGAGAGAGAGCCAGAGUUGAGUCAGGCGAUGAAGAGGUAAGGGGGGAAGCAGUAGGGCCACAAGAGCAGGUGGCCGUGGGGCAGGGACUGCUGGAGUGUGGUACAGGUGGGGAGCAGGCAGUGCUGGGAGAGGGGAGGCUUCCAGACCAGGGUGUGAUGGGGUGUGAGGCCCUGGAGGCAGCGCAGGGAACCCAGGACAGAGGCUGCCUGGGGCUGUGGGGGCAGCAGCCUGCAGUGCCUGCAUCGGGGGCAGCACAGGAGGACACAGUGCCAGCAGGAGUGCAGAUUGAAGGGGAGCUGCCAGAGCUGGGCCUUGGAGGAAGUAUCCAGAGGAAAGAGGUGGAGGCUGUGUUGGAAGGAACUGCGGGCUGCUCUGGUGCACAGGAACAGAGGACUGGGAGUCCUGAAUGAGGGAGCAUGGCCACAAUGAGGAUGUAAACCUGGACGCCAUACCCCAGGACAAGGAAGAAACUAUCCUGAGCCUUUUCUUCAAUCCCUCAGUGCUCCUUCCCACAGCGUUCACACCAACCACUGAUUUGUGCCUAUAUGUUCUAUAUUCUCCACCUUGGCCGUCAGUCACAUACCACAGCAGCUCUGCAGUGUGAAGUCCAUAACCACCAGCGCUGUCCUGCAGUUGCCACACUUGGAUUCUCCAAAGCACGGAGCAGUAUUGCACUGAGUGUCCCCUCUGCCUGCCCCCUGUGCUACUGCGGGCCUAUGGAUGUGUGGUUGAGAGUAGAGGUGCUUGGCUUUAUCUCC